AACGAUCUCUCGAAUAAAAAAUCAUCUAGUUCUAUUUUAUUUGAUAUUACAACUGAAAAUUCUAAAAUUGAUAAAAGUUUAAAUGAUAAGGAAGAAAAGGGGGCGGUUUUCAACCUUCUCGGUUUAACGUUUCACUGGGCGUGCGACUGCUCUUCUCGAUCUAUCGAUGUACAGUUGUGGAUCUGUCAUUUCGUUUCGUGCCCUCACGGUUUAAACAUGAAGAAUUUGUUUUCUGUUUUAUUUGUGAUCUUCAACGUUCUGUCAUAUAAACAGGGAAUUUGCGCGAUGCAGUGCAAAGACAUCACCACCACUUCUGCGUUAACGCGGCUGAAAGAUUAUUUAUUUUGCGAUUAUAAUAGGGAAAUCAGGCCCACAAAACAUUAUAACAACGCCACUAUUAUUAACUUGGGAUUAAACAUACAACAAUUUGAAGUUAAUGAUAUAACCAACAGCGUUAUAUUCGAUGUUUGGCUAAGAUUGGUUUGGAAAGACCCUCAUUUCACUUGGGACGAAUCGCAAUUUGAUUCUAUCACUUCACUUCACGUAAAAAGCUACGAGAUCUGGGUUCCGGAUAUCGUAACGCACAGCACAACAGAUACGGGCGUUGAUGUUGAGAUGCCACAAGCUGAGUGCAUAGUACAACACGAUGGUGUGAUACUUUGUGUACCAAUGACAACAUACGCAACAUUUUGCGAAUCUGAUCACACUUGGUGGCCUUAUGAUAUGAUGAAUUGUACUAUUCAUAUUGCCUCGUGGUCUCAUGGGAGCAACGAGAUUAGUUUACGUUCCUUCACAUUAAACGAUUUUUCAGAGAAUUCGACCGAGGAUAAUUUGGAAUGGGAAGUGGUGGAUCUUUUUAAAAGUGAACGUGUAAUAGUAUCCAAGUACGGUUUAGGUUUUACAACCGAUCAAUUAUCUUACCACGUUCUUUUAAGAAGACAUUCCUCUAUGAAUACUACAACGUAUAUGACGUCGGCUAUAGUCUUGAUGAUGAUGACACUGAUGGUACUGUGGCUAGAGCCAAGGUCCACGGAACGUAUGAUAAUAUCGAAUUUAAAUUUCAUUUUGCAUUUAUUCUGCCUGUUGGAUCUUCAGUGGAAGCUUCCAUUCAAUGGGACCCAUCCUCCACGAUUAAUUCUAUUCUAUGAGAAAUCUCUUGCACUUGCCACGUUUUCACUCAUAUUGACCAGCAUUCUGCGAUAUAUGCAUGAAAUAAACGCUGAAGCACCUGCGUGGAUAUCCGUCACCACCGUUAAGGUUUUAAAAAGCAGAAUAGGCCAGAUAUUUUUAUUAAGCAUUUUGGAUCCGAAAGUAUCGGCUACAAUCGAAAUGAACGUGGAUGACAAUACGAAUUUAGUAUCUUCCAAUAAAAAAGAAUCGACAUGGAGGUACACUUCGGUUGUGAUUGGAUGGCUUGCUUUCUUAACCGUUUUAUUCACUUACGUGAUAUUGCUAAUUAUUUUCUUACCAACAAGCAGAUUCGCAAGUUCCUUUUAAAAAUUUAAUUUGUGAACAGACGUUUUUAUUAUAACGUACAUUAAAAGCAGUUUAAAAAAAUGUAAAGCAUUCUUGAUACAAUUACAAUGUUCGUUGAAUUAUUUGAUCACAAGUCCCUAGAUUGAAAAAGGUUGGAUGUUUCAAAAAAUCUUUGAUUUUUCCUUUCUUUUUUUUUUUAAUAAAUACAUUUAUUUUGAAAAACAUCGGAUCCAUUUUUGCGAAUCUUAACAGUGCGACCAAAUUCAUUUUACAAU